AUGGAGGAGUUUCGAAGGGAGCAGGAGGAAAGGGAUAAACAGAAGGCCGUGGUACAAUGUCAACGGGUUUGGCAAACACAAAUUUCUAUACGUCAGCAAAGACUAAACCAGCAAGAACGAGAGGCUGCAGACGCCAAGCUGAAACAAGUGGAAGAAAAUGAGGAAAAGUGGAAAGAAUUAGCCGAACAACAAGAAAAAAAUCGCUUGCUGAAGUUGCAGCAGGCGGCGAGAGAGGAAAAGCAUAAGAAAGUGUUACAAGAGCAGAAUCUAAAGGCCUUAGAGGAGGAGCGAGCCGCCAUGUUGGAGCAGGAAAGGUUAUUGUUGAAGGAGAAGCUGACCAUGGCGGAGCUAAAACGGCAAGAGAAGGAGCACCAAGCACAAGCAGAGAGACUUGGUUUGAACAAGGCAGAGAGGCGAAGACACGCAGCAAUUAUUCGAGAGAUUGCACGCAGAGAAGAGGAGGAAAGAGAGGAGGCCAGGCGGCAAGCUGAGGAGAAACUCAACCGAUCCCUGGAAAAAUAUGAGCAGAUUGUGGAACGGAGGGGUCAGGAGCUGAAGGAGAAGGCCAAACGUGAGGAGAAACAGAUUCAGAAAGCACGCAAGGCUGCAGAGAGGCGUGAGAAAAUUCAACAGCAGCAGUUUGCAGCUAAGGUUAAAGAAGCGGAAAAGAAGGCUCAGCACGCUGCACUAGUGGUGGAGGAAAGGGCAAAGGAGAAGUCUCUAAAGGCGGUGCAGAGCAGGCAGGAGAAGGAGCGAUUACAGAAGCUUAACAGACAGAGAGUGGAGGAGGAGGAGAGACAGAGGAGGCUGGAGCUCAUGCAGUCCAUCGAGAGGAAGUUAGAAAAAAGUGAGCAGAUUUUCAAGGAGAAAAAGGCUGUUUUGGAAAGCGCUCGAUCAGUAGCCCGUGCAUCUUUCCACGUGCGGGACAAAGUAAGAGAGGAGACCAACAUGCGCACGUUUGAUAAAAUGGCACUGGAGGCACAGCUCAAAGCCAGUUUAGAUGAGAAAUAA